AUGCCGUUCGACUUCCAAAAGUACGAUGCAAAAUGUGCUGCGAUGACUCCUGCGGAGCUCCAACUCCAAUGGGAACAUUACACCCGCCUGAUCUCGGGCGCGGCGACAUCCACAGCUGUUUCUGGUGUCGCUUUGCCUCUCACGAUGGGCGUCUCCGUCGUUGGGGUCGCCCUGGCUGCUCCAGCUAUUCAUAAUGCUCGCAAAAAGCGGGAGAUUAUCGAAAAACAUCUGAAUGGCCAUGGAACUUCCCAUGUCACGAGGAAACGGGAUGUCCUGACAUCUGUAGCCAUUAGCGGUACGGUCGGUGUCGUCACGAUGGGUGCCAGCACUCUUGCAGCAGAUGCCGUCACAAGCCACGCCGCCAAUUACGGAAUCCAGCAGGUUGUGGAAAAUGAAUUGGCCAUCAAAGUGGGAACUCAUGUUGCCUUUGACGCCGCUGCCAUGGCUGGAGAACAUGCGCAUACCGAACACAAGAGGAAGAAAGAAGCCCAGAAGGCGGAGCAACAGGGUUUGGUGGCUCCAAUCCUCGGCCCGCAAGUUAGUUUUGGCCAGGAAGUUCCCCCGGAUGGGUUUUACCCGGUGGUUCCCAUUCCUCAAGGGCAUUCGAAUGUUCAAUCCAGUGAAUUGGUCGCGGCUCCCAGCGGUUCUAGCUACUCCUACCCAGGCCCUAUAGUUUCACAAGAAAUACCCCCUCCCCCUCCCCAGUAUCCAGGCUCACCUCUGGAAGGAUCAUCAUAUCAACCCCUUGUAGUAGAAAAGAAGGACAUUAUUUCAGGGCCGCUAUCAACAUCAACCUCCGGGUCAGACUCGAAAUAUAAACUCGUCGUUGUGGAGCAACAUGAUACGCAAGCGCCAGCACCUCCAUUGUAUGCUCCUCCGCCCGCUGGAGCUAUCCCGGUCAUGGAAAAGAUGGGCGAACCACAGGUUUAUUCGGCCCCACAAUCAUACCCUCAGCAGCAUUACCCACCGCGGCUAGUUCAAUCCUCGAAUGUAUCGAGCUACCCUUCGUAUCCUGGAACAAUGAUGAAUUAUGAACAACCAGGCCCGUUUAGCCGUGAGAACUCUAGACCGAUGGCAUCAAAUAGCAACCAGGCCCUCCCGCAGCCCUCCAAUGGGGGCCCAGCGCAACAGAUCGCGGGUCAUCUGCAUCGAGAUUCAUCGUCACUCCCUAUAUAUCGAAAUCUUACCACAGCCCCGCCGCAAACCAUCUCCAACCCUUCAUACGCUCAUCAGAGCCCAAAUCAACCAGGAUCGCAGGAGAACAAUUUCCAAAGACCACCAUUGCAACACCAAAGAUCAUACUCUAGCCCGACACACCCACCCACUUACCCAUAUCAAUCAUAUGCCCCGCCUCCACUACAAGCUUACCAGCCUAAUGGAACACACUCACAACAUCCCACUUUUCCCCCUAGUUCCUUCCCUCCGCCGCCCCCACCUUCCAACUACCCUUUGACGCCUGCCCAGACUCCAGGAGCUUCAUACCCGCAGUAUAUACCGGCUCAACAUGCACCGCCUACUGCCUACCCAACAGGGUAUCCAACACCCGUCCCUACUCCUUACUCUGAAUACAUGAACCCCAUGGUCCCGAGGCAGUAUCUGCCGGAAAAACAAGCUUUCUCUCAAUAUCAAGAAGUACCGAUUCCAGGUCCUCAAAUUCUAAGUCAGCAAGGCCAAUAUUUGGAGCAGCAAGCUGCAGUGCAGCGGCAAUACCAGUAUCCACCGCAACCUCCAGGGUAUCACCCACAGCAUAAUAUAUACCAACAAUAG